UUGUCAGACGAAGGAGCUGAGAGUAGGCUUUGUGCGUGUGAGAGGCAGAGAGAGAGAGAGAGUGAGAGGUCCUCAAUGGAAGAGAAGGGAAAGGGGAAGAAGCGAUCCUCCAAACAAUCAUCUUCUCGUUCGCAUAUAAACAUUAUUGACGAUGGCUGUCUCAUGCACAUCUUCAGCUUCUUAUCCCCCUAUUCAAGGUAUACAUACGACCUCGUUUGCCACAGAUGGAGUUACCUGGCAUGUCAUCCUCGCCUGUGGCUAUGUGUAGAUCGAUCUGUCCAAGAUUUAUCUCAACCUGGAGUUUUCCCUAACAUCGAAACAGCUGUCUCUGCUGCAAGGCCUGGUGACACCAUUCUGAUUGCGGCAGGAGGGAUUCAUGUUGCUUGUAAUAUUCAAAUAAAAAAGCCCGUUUGCUUGGGAGGGAACCGGAGGAAGUGGUGCAGACUAUUGCUUUGAAUGCACCGGAGCUCCACCAUUGGUGGCGGAGGCCCUGGAAGCCGUUAAACCGGGAAGAGGGACUCUGGUACAAAUUGGCGUAGGGCCUAAGCCGGCUAUGGAGGUCUU